AAAGCUGCCAGAUCCGGUUGGAGAAACAGAGAAUUAAUUCUUCCUGCUUCAACUAAUCAUCUACUUUGACUAUUAUUCUUAUUGGGAAUGGACAAUGGAAUGUUCUCUAGCUUUAUCAUGAUCAAAAACCUCCUUCUUUUUUGUAUCUCCAUGAACUUAUCCAGUCACUUGGGCUUUUCACAAAUGCCAACUAUUUCUGUGAAAGAUGAGACUAAUGACAAUAUCACGAUAUUUACGAGAAUACUGGAUGGGCUUUUGGAUGGCUAUGACAACAGACUGCGCCCUGGGCUAGGAGAGCGGAUCACGCAGGUGAGGACCGACAUCUACGUCACCAGCUUUGGCCCGGUGUCGGAUACCGAAAUGGAAUACACCAUCGACGUGUUUUUCCGCCAAAGCUGGAAAGAUGAAAGGCUUCGGUUUAAGGGGCCCAUGCAGCGCCUCCCACUCAACAACCUCCUUGCCAGCAAAAUCUGGACGCCAGACACGUUCUUCCACAACGGGAAGAAGUCCAUUGCGCACAACAUGACCACGCCCAACAAGGUGCUGCGGCUGGAGGACUACGGCACGCUGCUCUACACGAUGCGCUUGACUAUCUCUGCUGAGUGUCCCAUGCAACUUGAAGACUUCCCAAUGGAUGCCCAUGCUUGCCCUCUGAAAUUCGGCAGCUAUGCAUACCCUAAUUCUGAGGUUGUGUAUGUCUGUACCAACGGCUCCACCAAGUCUGUGGUGGUGGCAGAAGAUGGCUCCAGAUUGAACCAGUAUCACUUGAUGGGACAGACAGUGGGCACGGAGAACAGCAGCACCAGCACAGGUGAAUACACAAUCAUCACAGCUCAUUUCCACCUGAAAAGGAAGAUCCGGUACUUUGUCAUCCAGACCUACCUUCCCUGCAUAAUGACUGUGAUCUUAUCUCAGGUGUCCUUCUGGUUGAACCGAGAAUCAGUUCCUGCCAGGACAGUUUUUGGAGUAACCACAGUGUUGACCAUGACGACUCUGAGCAUCAGUGCUCGGAACUCUCUGCCCAAGGUGGCUUAUGCAACCGCCAUGGACUGGUUCAUCGCCGUGUGCCAUGCUUUUGUGUUCUCUGCACUCAUCGAGUUUGCCACGGUCAACUAUUUUACAAAGAGAGGCUGGGCAUGGGAUGGCAAAAAAGCCUUAGAAGCAGCCAAGAUCAAGAAAAAGGAGCGUGAACUCAUACUAAAUAAAUCCACAAAUGCUUUUACUACUGGAAAGAUGACCCACCCCCCCAACAUCCCAAAGGAGCAGACCCCAGCAGGAAUCUCAAAUCCAUCCUCAGCCUCAACAAAAGGUUCUGAAGAGAAGACUUCCGAGAGCAAAAAGACUUACAACAACAUUAGCAAGAUUGACAAAAUGUCCCGCAUUGUAUUCCCAGUCUUGUUUGGCACUUUCAACCUGGUUUACUGGGCAACGUAUUUGAAUAGGGAGCCUGUGAUUAAAGGGGCUGCCUCUCCAAAGUAACCCGCCAUGCUCCCAAACUCUAAGACAGCCAUACUUCUAGCAGGAUGGUACCUGGCUGAGGCUGAGCUGAGAAGGACUCUUCACAGUUGAACGCUAUCCUUCAGGAAAUUUUUGCAUGUUUAAUAAUAUGUACAAGUAACCUUGCCUUGAUGUUUCUAUGUGUAACUUCACCUUGAUAACUAAAGUGAACGACUUUCUAGAAAAAGAGGAGACAUUGACUCUGACACUCAGAUGCUCAGUAUCUUAAAUUGAUAGUUUACAAACAAGAUGAGUCUAUUUUUCACUGUUCCAAGUGUUACCUACCAAUUUUUUAUACUCCAAAAAGUCAUUUCAUACGAAUUUUCCCAGCAAAUAAAUAUUUUAGGAAACGCUCCAUGAUUAUUACUUGAUGAACAACUGCAAGAGACGAAGAACACGAACGAGCACAUUUUUCAUUAAAAGGAAACACUGGACAUUUAUGUUCAGAAUUAAUUGCCUUUGAUAAUUCUUACUCUUCUGAAAUUAGAAAAGCAGUGCAUGGUCUUAUGUUAAAAAGUAGAAUAGGCAACACUGAUGCAGGCAAAUUUAAUAGCAGAACUACAUAGUAUGCCAGAUGAACAGGUGAAAUAUUUCUCUGAGGAAAAAAUUAACUGCUUUAAGAUUGCUUUUUGUUGUUUCUGAAAAAA